CUCCUUUUCUUUCCAAGUCACAAAAUUCUCCCCUCCCCUACCCCGGAGUUUACGGCCCUCCUCCUGUUUCCGAUUUCAGCCCGGAACCGGAAGUGUAGUGGGCGGGGCCCGUCGGCGGAAAACGCAGCAGAGCCAGAGCCGGACACGGCUGUGGCCGCUGCGUCUGCCCCCGCCACGGAUCGCCGGGUAGUAGGACUGCGCGGCUCCAGGCUGAGGGUCGGUCCGGAGGCGGGUGGGCGCGGGUCUCACCCGGAUUGUCCGGGCGGCACCGUUCCCGGCCCCACCGGGCGCCGCGAGGGAUCAUGUCUACAGCCUCUGCCGCCUCCUCCUCCUCCUCGUCUUCGGCCGGUGAGAUGAUCGAAGCCCCUUCUCAGGUCCUCAACUUUGAAGAGAUCGACUACAAGGAGAUCGAGGUGGAAGAGGUUGUUGGAAGAGGAGCCUUUGGAGUUGUUUGCAAAGCUAAGUGGAGAGCAAAAGAUGUUGCUAUUAAACAAAUAGAAAGUGAAUCUGAGAGGAAAGCGUUUAUUGUAGAGCUUCGGCAGUUAUCCCGUGUGAACCAUCCUAAUAUUGUAAAGCUUUAUGGAGCCUGCUUGAAUCCAGUGUGUCUUGUGAUGGAAUAUGCUGAAGGGGGCUCUUUAUAUAAUGUGCUGCAUGGUGCUGAACCAUUGCCAUAUUAUACUGCUGCCCACGCAAUGAGUUGGUGUUUACAGUGUUCCCAAGGAGUGGCUUAUCUUCACAGCAUGCAACCCAAAGCGCUAAUUCACAGGGACCUGAAACCACCAAACUUACUGCUGGUUGCAGGGGGGACAGUUCUAAAAAUUUGUGAUUUUGGUACAGCCUGUGACAUUCAGACACACAUGACCAAUAACAAGGGGAGUGCUGCUUGGAUGGCACCUGAAGUUUUUGAAGGUAGUAAUUACAGUGAAAAAUGUGACGUCUUCAGCUGGGGUAUUAUUCUUUGGGAAGUGAUAACACGUCGGAAACCCUUUGAUGAGAUUGGUGGCCCAGCUUUCCGAAUCAUGUGGGCUGUUCAUAAUGGUACUCGACCACCACUGAUCAAAAAUUUACCUAAGCCCAUUGAGAGCCUGAUGACUCGUUGUUGGUCUAAAGAUCCUUCCCAGCGCCCUUCAAUGGAGGAAAUUGUGAAAAUAAUGACUCACUUGAUGCGGUACUUUCCAGGAGCAGAUGAGCCAUUACAGUAUCCUUGUCAGUAUUCAGAUGAAGGACAGAGCAACUCUGCCACCAGUACAGGCUCAUUCAUGGACAUUGCUUCUACAAAUACGAGUAACAAAAGUGACACUAAUAUGGAGCAAGUUCCUGCCACAAAUGAUACUAUUAAGCGCUUAGAAUCAAAAUUGUUGAAAAAUCAGGCAAAGCAACAGAGUGAAUCUGGACGUUUAAGCUUGGGAGCCUCCCGUGGGAGCAGUGUGGAGAGCUUGCCCCCAGCCUCUGAGGGCAAGAGGAUGAGUGCUGACAUGUCUGAAAUAGAAGCUAGGAUCGCUGCAACCACAGCCUAUUCCAAGCCUAAACGGGGCCACCGUAAAACCGCUUCAUUUGGCAACAUUCUGGAUGUCCCUGAGAUCGUCAUAUCAGUGUUCACAUUAAGGAGAGCUCUUCAGCCAGGGAGAUCCUCUUUUAUGACAUUGGGCCUUUAUGGAAUCAGAAGAAUUCAAGCUGUAGAAUUGACACUAGUGGACAUAAAAGCCAAUCAUGAAUGUGCUCAUAGCAUCAAUAUGAAGAGGCAAAGAGAGAAAGAAUUGAGUUUUUCUAGAUCUGGUAAGUUCUUACCUAGCACAGAUAGUGUCAUUAGCAGAUGUAAGCCUUUGAUAGGGAUCCUAGGGCUAAGGGGUGCUAUACUAAGAUGUGCUGUACUAGUUUCUGUGUAUAGCCACCUCACUUUCAAUAAAAUUCUCUACUUGUGGCAAAUUAAAUAGGGAAGUUAAUCUAACUUUAUAAUGAAUAUUUAGGUGGCCUUUCUGCCGUAUUGUAUACUCUACCAAGAUCACUUUUUGUAAUCUAAAAAAUUCAACUCUAACCUAAUAAAGCUGGUUUACUGGAAAGCAAAUAAACCAGCUGACAGACCUUUCCAGUGAAAAGCCAGAAUUUGUUGAAAUUAGUAAAGAAAUAUGAAACUUUGGCAGCCUAAAUUAGAACAUAUAUUUUAAAAUUACAUGUUCAGUUUACCAUGAAGCAGUAAUGUAAUGCUACUGUAUCAUGCUAUGCAUUUUUUUAAAUGUGUAUUUUACACAUGAAGAGAAUGGUGUCCCAUAAUUUGUAAUAUUCAAAACUUGUGAUCUCAAAAUUUCUAACAUUUAGGUUAAGAGAAUUCUCCAGGAAAAUGUAGUGUUGAUUCUUACAUGAAGACAGUCUUUGGGAAGUUUUAAAGUAGAAAAUAAGAGUAGUGUAAGUCAGGGAAAACUAUGAGCUUAACUGAUAAGAAAAAUUACAGGAGUGUCUGUCUGGGACCUAAGCCAGCAGUCUCUGGAAGAACCCCGGGAUAACUUUUAAAUACCAGCUCAGGAAAUCAGUUGUACUUAAAAGAGCAGCUUUUUUGAAGAGGGGCUCUGUCUUAAUGACAUUACUGUAAAAAGAAUGGAACUGACCCCUAAGUUGCUUUCUAUUUGCAGAGGGCAGGAGUGCAGAUUUAGUAUGCACUGGCAAUGUGAUGUAUUCUUAGAAGUCAUUCUAAAAAGUGAAAUUUGUUCUCUAUUAUAAGACAUGAACGUUCCAGAAUUCAUUACAGAAUGAAAUACUCAGGAUAGCAUAUGCAGGCUUCAGAUUCCUUGAUCAGGCAUCUGUUUACAUCAUGCUGUCCUCAUUUCUACUACUUUUUCCAUUUACACUACCAUGUAUAAUAUAGGUAUGUACAUAUCAAAGGACCAAAAAAGGUAAAAUGAGUGAAUGUCUAAAUUAGUAUUCAGCUGCAAAAAACUUCAGAGUCAAUUCAAAUUUACUGAGAACACACCCAGUAAUUUUCAUUUGAAGUAAUAGGAGGUUGAUUUUUCUUACAUUCAUAUUUCUAAAUUAUGACUUAAAAUUUAAUAUUGGAGCAACAAGUAUUUGUUGAUUGCAAUCCUGUUUUGCUUUGUCUGAACUAUCUGCCAGAUGGUUUCUGCCAUGGUUGUGCUAAUUAAAAUGCAUUGCCUAAUACUGCUUGCUUUGAUUCAUGCAGUAGCUUAAAGAUUUCUCAUUUUAUGGCAUUUGUUAACUGUCAGCUCUUCUUUACUUCCUUAAAAGUUUUUACUUCCCUUUUCUCCUAUCCUUCCACCUAAAUUUAAGUUCAGUUUUUGUUGUUAUUGCAAUGGUGAUGUAAUGGUUUAUAGACACAUUUGUUGGGUGGUUCCUCAGAUUCACAAAUGUUGCUGUGUUGCUAAUCUGAAAAGAGAAUUCCAGACACUUUUACAAGCCUGUCUCAUCACCGCUAAUUUUAGAAUGAGUGUGUUGAAUGAAAUGUGCCUAAAAUUGCUUAUUAGUCAUGGUUGUGGGGAUCCUUUUUGUCCUCGGGAAACAGGGGUAGUUGAAAGUAUUCAUAAAAGUAAUCUAGUGGGUCUAAUUCAAUAAAUGCACAGUUUUGUUGUUUUAGUUUGUAAUGAAAAGUUGAAAUUUUUGGAAUAAAAUGAAAUUUGAAGUAAA